AUGUGGGAGAACGGUGCGAUCACGUCGUUCAGACUCAGUCCGCAAGACUAUCAUCGGUAUCACUCUCCGGUCCAGGGCACUGUGGAAUGGUACAGGCAAAUUCCUGGAGAGUAUUACCAAGUGGACCCGCUCUGCUUGCGAUCCGAUAUCGACGUCUUGACGGUAAACGCUCCCUGCGCGAUCUGCAUCAACAGCCCGUCGUCUGGACGUGUGCUCUUUGUGGCAAGCGGCGCCACAGACGUGGGAACCAGGGAAAUUAACCAAAAGUGUAGGACUGAGGGUUCACAGGUGGAAAAAGGCGAGGAAUUAGGGCUGUUUCAAUUCGGAGGUAGUAUAAUCGUUGCUUUCGAGCAGGGGAGGAUACGUUUUGACGAAGAUCUACUCAGAGUGAGCAGGAGUCUGGUGAUGAUGGAUGUGGAAGUAGGGGAUGAAUCGGGCAACCUAGAAUGGGUGACCUUUGUACAGGACUACCGAGGGGGAACUGACGGGAGGAUGUGA